UGUGGAGCUGGAGAAUUCCAGAAAAGCUGAGUCCCCGGCUCAAGGUCAAAACACUCCUUAGGGCCAAGAAGCCCCCAGUUUCCCCGGACACCUUGGCUCCUGCAUCUUUUUCCUAAGACCUUUUGGGGAAAGCAUACUUCUCCUCUGAGAUGUGUUUCAUUUUAAAUUGCCACUUUCACUUCAGUACAUUAAUGUUGUCCUUUGGGUGUUUUGACAAUGACUUUCUGAAUUAAGCCAUGCUAACAUUUUUCUUCCUCCCUAAUCUGUUAAGAGCUGUGGACUACAGGAAGAUGGCACGCUUCUCUUCCAGUGUGAUUUUGAUCAUGGCCUUUUCCAAAGCUUUUGAACUGGGAUUAGUUGCUGGAUUGGCCCACAAACUCACACGUCCAUCUCAGGAAGACUUGGCCUUCAGAAAUGACAGCCUUCGGUCCCAGGAGGAGCCUGCAGUUGGUCCUCGGUCUUUCGUGUUGGUGCCAUCUAUGGGAAUACAGGACAAGAAGGAGCUAAACAGAACCUGCUGUCUGAAUGGGGGAACCUGCAUGCUGGGGUCCUUUUGUGCCUGCCUCCCCUAUUUCUACGGCCGGAACUGCGAGUAUGAUGCGCGCAAAGAGAACUGUGGGGCUAUGCCCCAUGACACCUGGCUGCCCAAGAAGUGCUCCAUGUGCAGAUGCUGGCGCGGUGAGCUCCGCUGCCUUCCUCAGCCGUUUCUCCCCGGGUGUGGUGGCCAUGUGGUGGAUGAGCAGCUCGAUGCUUCCCGGACUCCAGAAAUACCACUGUCUGCAUGGAUCACAUUUAUGUUAGCUGGCAUCUGCCUUUCUCUACAAAGUUACUGUUAAUUGGCAUUUGACUUUUUCUGGAAAUACAAGUUUAGAUACCAUGGGAACUUCAUGACUGGUAAAGACUGCUGCUCCAAUGUCCUAACUGGAAGAUGAUCAUUUGUUAGUUGCCUUAAAUAAUGAAUACAUUUCCAUAAUGGUACCUAACACUUCCUUAAAGUGCCAGCUGCUUCUUAGCUUUGCCGUGCUCUCUCCCCAGACAUGUUAAAAAAAAAAAAAAAGUCAGCUAUCUCUA